AUGACUGAUGUCAUUGAACGGAGGAUUAAUAUCACAAAAGGUCAAUCUCAACAAGAUGAUUGGGUUCAAAAUUGGCAGAACUGGGAGACUGCAUGGCUCAAACUCAUUGAACGUGUCGCCAACUACACCAAGGAUCCUAUUGUCCUAAUCGACGAUGGAUGCAAGACAGAGGCUGAUGGCAUCAACUGCACUGAGGCAUGCAGCAACUCGACAUACCUCUUCAAAUCGGCAGAGACUCUCUGGAACUGUGUCAGCCUGGCAACUCUCCGCAUGACAACCUGGGACAAUCCAGACGAAGAUCACCCUCGAAUCACUAUCAACAGGGACGAUGAGAAGGAAGUGAGGCAGAGGUUUCAGCUUGGUCCACUCGAGGAUUUCGACCAUGUCGACGUCUUCCAAAACUAUCGUGCGUGUGCAACCGAGUCUUGUUUCGCUUCCAAACUCGGAUGCUCCUUGGAAUUCGACGAGUUCCAGAACAUUUCCGUCACUUACGAAAAGACCCUCGAGUUCGGAUAUAUCAUGAGCCACAACUACUGCACCAACGCCGACUUGGGCAUUGACAGUGACCUUGCGGGUCCUGGGUUGUUCAUUGCCUACCUUAUUCAGUUCUCACUGUCCAUGUUCUUCGUCUUGUCUCUUAACUUUACUACGUCUUGGACCAAAUACCUUGUGUGGGCCUGUACGCGUCCGUUCCGAGCCAAGGCCACAGAAACGGCAAAGAAGUGGCAAGACAGACUCUCGAAUAACCGCUUUGCUGGCGCAGUGGCAUCCACCAUUGUCGACCUUCAAGAAGCUCAAUCCCAAUAUCUAGCCAUCCUCUCGAUUGUAGGUGUAGUGGCGUAUGCCGAGAUCGGCUCUCCGGGCUUCGGCAAAGCUCACACACUCCGGGCGUGGUCUAUCAACAAUAUUCUCCUUGAUGACAUGGUCUCAAUAAGUAUUUACCCGAUCAUUUCCGUUCAGAUAGCCCUCCACAAGACUCAGAAUAGGUGGUGGUACACGCUGCUAUGGGUCAUCUUCACCUGGACAAUGGCCUGCGUCAUCUUCACCUCCGGGUACGCAGACAAAGAGGAGGUAGAAAAAAGCUUCAAACAAGACGCUGGUCUCAAGUCUUGCGGGCAGAAUGCUGGACCGAAGAUCUAUUGCCUGAACUACGGGGAAUCCGACGAAGGAUUCGCAUACAACGGGCUGAUGCAGGAGGAGGAGAGCAUUCUGUCUAGCAAGUUUACUUACUGGGCUAUACACGGUAUAAUACCCAUUCUCCUGUGGGAUUGGUUGAUGAAGGGCCUUGUACCAGUCUUCUUCCCGACUAAAGAGUUAACGAGAGAUCGAUGGUACCUCCUCUUGACUGCCGCCACAAGUCAGCCCGUAUUAACUCUCUUGGAGUUAUUCACCAUGGCCCUCGGUACGUAUAAUCUGGCAAAUUUUGUCAUGUUUAGGAAUGUGCUUGGUGAUACCUACGGAGAGGGUCAAAGCGACUCAGUCUUUGGUGGGUGGAGCUACGGGCAGUUUGUGGCAUUGUUCGUGUGGAUGCCCAUCCUUGGCAAGUUUCUGUCUGUACUUCUUGAGGGCACUGUUCCAGUUGUGCAGAAGCGAACGAACCACUAUGUCAACGUCACUCUGGCACGAGAUCAAGCGCCAACAAACCAGACCGCCGCAACUCAGACUGAAACAGACAGGGCUGAAAAUGAUCAGACUGAAGUAAUUGAGGCUGAAACCAGUCACUCCGAAGGGAUUCCCUUGACGCCAAUGUCGCGCUGA